CGUUGGGGCCGGCUCGUUACCGGCCCCGGCCCAUCACCCCACCGGCUGCCACAGCAACGGGGCCCGGCCCCACGGGAGGGGUAACCCCUUCCCGCGGGCUGCGGGCCCGGGACGCGCCGCGGCGCCCGGGAGCGGCUCCAGCCGCCGGCCCCGCCGGCCCCUCCGCACGCUGCCGCCCGUGGCGAGCCGCCCCGCGUGGGCGGGCUGCGCGGCGCUAUAAGGCGGCCCCACGGCGGCGACCGGCGCGGUGCCAUGUGCGCCCCGGGGCUGCUCUGCCGCCGCCUCCUCCUCCUCCUCCUCCUGCUGGCGGCAGCCGCCCCCGGCACCGGAGCGGCCCCACCGGGACGGCCCCGCGCCCGCCGUGGGCUCACCUACCCUGGGACGCUGUGGUGCGGCGCGGGCAGCAACGCGGAUGCCUACGAGCAGCUGGGGGAGCACCGGGACACGGACCGGUGCUGCCGGGACCAUGACCACUGCCAGCACGUCAUCCACCCCUUCACCGCCCGCUACGGGUACCGCAACCUGCGCUGGCACACCAUCAGCCACUGCGACUGCGACCGCAGGUUGAAGGAGUGCCUGCGGCAGGUGAACGACACGGCCUCGCGCGUGGUGGGCCAAGCCUUCUUCAACGUCAUCCAGGUGCCCUGCUUUGAGUUUGCCUACAAGGAGGAGUGCGUGGAGCCCUACCUCUACGUCUGGUGCAAGGCGUACAACACAGUGGCUGUUGCAGUGCCCAGGGAGCCGGUGCUGUAUGAGUUUGGUGGGGAGCUCAUUGACCGGGCAGCGAGGCCCAGGGGGGUCCCUCUGAGCCCCCCGUGGAGCAGCGUGGGCGGAGGAGCCGGCCCAGUGGAGCAUCAUGUGCCCACCCACCCGCUGUCCCCCCACAAGGCAGCCAAGAAGGAGAGGGAGGGGAAGAAGACAGACAAGAAAAAGAAGGGGAAAGGUCCAAAAAAGAAAGACCCUUCUGAGAAGAGGGAGCCGAGCCAUCCUGCAGCCGCUGCCCCCAUCGGGCAGGGCCCACGGGCCGUCCUGCCAGACGUGGGGGAAGCGGCUAACACCGUCCCAAGGGAUGCUCCAGCAUGGGAGGGCUUGGGCAGGGAGCCAUCUGCAGCUCCCCCACCCCUGGUCCUCACCGCCAGCGGGAAGAGGAGGAGGAAGGAGAGAAAUGGAAAGAAGAGGCUGAAAAGCAAAGUGGAGGCAGAGCCCGCACAAGAGCUGCGGCUCUGACUCCCCCCUCACCCCACGCGGGUCUUGGCUGUGUAAUAAAGUUGGUCGCUCGAGCAGA